AUGGCCAAUAAUGCCGUCAUGGACACUGGAGACAGCUCGAAUCGUUCCGGCAAACCAUUUCGCCAGACGACUGGAGCUCUCGUAAUUGCGAGGUGCACUUUGCGCCGGGCUCAACACGCUGCGCUCGUAGAGGUCCGACGCUGGGCGAGUUAUGUGAGUCAACGCCUUCAGCUCGUGAGACAACAGCCCGGCAUCGAAGGUGUUCGCGCAGUGAAAAGCUCUGAGGCCCACGACACCACGCUCCAGAAUAAAUGCAUGCUGCGGAGCCGUCAUGGCUGCAAAGUGAUCGUAGCGCCAACUGAUCCAUGCGCCAGCGCGUUAUUGCGGCCAUGGAGACGCCGAUAG